AUGAGGACGAGACCUCUAAAUUAUGGUAAAUGGGAUGAUAGCCUUCACUAUGUUGUUGGCGAUGGAGUCAGCAAGACGAAAGUCAGCGAUCCUGCAUCAAAUGCCUCGCUACGUUGGAAAAGAACCAAGCCACCGCCUAAUGUCAUUCCUAAGGCUUCAGCUUCUUGUGCCAUCAAUGCAGCCUUUCGCUCAUGCAUGUGCAUGUCUGCAAGCCUUUCGCUCAUGCAUGUGCAUAUACAUGAACUUGCGUCACGGCAACUUCAAGAAAGCAGGUGGAGACCGAGAUGGUUUGAGAGACAAGGAGAAAGCGAAACGUUCGAGUACACAUGUGGUUACUGGGAAGCAAGAGGACACAUAAACUGGGACGAUUGCCCUGACAUCUUCGGGGAAUUCACUGAAGAGCUACCAGAUUCUGCUUAA